AUGCUGGUUCUUGAUUCCAAUGGUGUGGCUAGGGUGGAUGGUUUUGCUGUUGUUGCAUGGAAAGUAUGGGCAGCACGGAAUGAUUUUAUUUGGAACCAGAAGCCUAUGGUGACAGAUUCGGUUGUCUUUGCUGCAUAUGAAUGUCUUCAGGAUUGGAAGAGUUCCAGGAUGAUAGGGAAUCAGAGAGGGGUGAAUGGCGUGCAAGCAGAAGGGAGAGAUGUCAGUAGAGCAGGAUUGCAAUUUUGUUCUAGAGCUGGACAUGCUGGUUCUGAGACUAGGAUGUGUGGUGAGGAUUUAUCCCCUGCUGUGUGGAAUGGUUUUGUAGAUGCUGCUCUUUUUCCAACUCUGCAGACCUCAGGCUUUGGAAUUGUUUUUGAGGAGAAAGAAGGGGGAUUUAUGCAUGCUGUGUCGGGUUUAUUUCAAGGCCUGAGUUCAGCUUGCCUCAUUGAAGCUCUUGCACUUCGAGACGGUCUAUGUUGGGUGGAGGAGAAUUUGCUAACUGAUGGGAUUUUGUUUACUGACUACCAAGUCAUUUUUAAUGCUUUAACUUCUGGUUUAGAUGAUUUUUCUGAAUUUGGUUGUGUUAUUAAGGAUUGUCAAACAAUUUUAGCUCGUAGAACAAAUAUUCGUGUUGGGUGGAUUCAUUGUCAGGUGAAUAUGAGCGCUCCUACUGUUGCAAGAGAGUCCUAUAGAGACUACUUGUUUAGAGUGUGGGAUGUAAUUCCUGAGUGCUUGUUUCCUUUUUAUCAGUUUGGUUAA